AUGUUUGCUCCCCGUCCUGGUCUUCUCAAGACCGGCCUGGCUGGCCUCAAUAAAGUUGCCUACUUGACCAAUCUGCCAGAGGAGGGCAAGGGGACUUGGAACCAUGUCAAGGAUAGCCAAGAACUCUACGACUACAUUAUCCUAGGUGGCGGUAGUGCUGGCUGUGUCUUGGCUGCUCGCUUGGCCGAAGACCCCAAGGUCAAGGUCCUUGUGCUCGAGGCGGGAUACACCGACGACAUCCCAACUUCCAAGAUGCCGGCCGUCUACCUCCUCACCGUCGACUCGCCCACAGACUGGCAGUUUGUCACCACGCCUCAAGUGCACGCCGGCAACCGUGUCAUGAAGCAGCCUCGUGGCAAGGCACUUGGUGGCACUAGUGCCAUGAACGCCAUGAUCUACCACCGUGGACCCGCCUCUGACUUUGAUGAAUGGGCAAAUCUCGGUAACCCUGGCUGGUCCUACGAGGACGUCCUUCCUUACUUCAAAAAGUCGGAAGGUUUCAACGAUCCUGACCUGCCGUCGUCUCACCCUCGAGGACCUCAGACCAGCCGUGUCCGAAAGCCUGUAUAUGAGACCCAUGAUCCCAAGUACCACAAUACCGAGGGACCUUGGCAGGUCAGCUACCACCAUCUGUUUGGUUCGUCCGAAGGCUUUAUUCGGGCUAAUAUCGCUGAGGGCAUUCUCUUGAACAAGGACUUCAACGGAGAAUCAACGCUGGGUGUCAACCGGUUCCAGACGUUCAUCCAGCGCGAUGCUGUUCGUAGCUCGUUGGCCAGAGCCUUCUUGAAGCCCAAGGGUGUCGUUCCUGGUGGUGGACCCCGCGGUAUCAUUCGUGUGGUGUAUGGAGCCAACAUCCAGCGAAUCUUGACCCAGACCAGGAAGGGUGCAAAGAUGGCCUAUGGUGCUGAGUUUCUGGAUGACAAGAACGUGUUGAGACGUGUGGCGGCUCAAAGGGAGGUGCUGGUCUGCUCUGGCGCAUUUGGAUCUCCUCACUUGCUCCUCGCUUCUGGAAUCGGCCCUUCACCUCUACCUUCAAUCCCUCACAUCCAUGCACUCAGGGGAGUGGGCGCUAACCUCGCAGAUCAUUUGGGUGUCGGCGUCGUCUUCAGAGCACGCGACCGUUGCCACACCGUUCAGCAGGAUCUAGCCUACCGUCGCGUCUUGACAUCUCUCCUCAACUAUGGUGUCCGUGGAGUAGGAGGGCUCACCAGUCAGAUCGGAGAGAGUGCCAAUUUUGUCCGAUUGGAGGAUUUCGCACCCGAAUUUGUUGCCCGUGAGAAGGCAAAUGGUACCUACCAGGAGCGAUCCAGUGGACCGGAUGCACCUCAUAUCGAGGUGAUCUUUGCUCCGUUCUAUGUCCGAAAGCACGGCACUGUCAUGGCACCCGACGGCAAGAUGUACUACACCUUGCUUGCUCUCCUCCUCAACCCUUGCUCUACAGGAACCAUCACCAUCCAGCCCAAGAAGACUGGAAAGAAGAACAGCAGCAAAUCUCCUACGGCCGAUGGAGAAAGGAACAACACAAUCCCGGAGAUGGAGACAGUCAUCAACCCCAACUACUUUUCAGACUCUUUUGACGCCAGGGUGAUGGCCGAGUCUAUCAAGUUUAUGAGAAAGCUAGGUCGUCGGAUGAACGAGGAUCCUGAGAUGGGCGGUCGUGAGGUCUUCCCUGGCGAGAAACAAGUUCCUAGCGAUGACGACAAGGCUCUAGAGAAGUAUGUUCGAGAGGCUGCCGAGACGUACUAUCACCCUACAUCAACCUGUCGUAUGGGUCCUGCGUCUGACCCCCUAUCUGUGGUGGAUUCGCGUUUGAAUGUCUAUGGCAUUGAUCGUCUCCGGGUGGUAGAUGCGAGUGUGAUGCCCAAGAUCCCUGCCGGACACACCUGUUCGCCUUCGGUUAUGAUUGCUGAGAAGGCUGCUGACAUGAUCAGGCAGGACUGGGCCGAGUCCAUUUCGGCCGUUUCUUCUAAGCUGUAG